GAUAAUCUUUUUAUCGCUCUCUCUCUCUUGUCUCUUCCCCCUUCUCCCUGGAGACCACAGGGGUUGAGUUUGAGUUACUGGUAAGCGGAUCCUAGUUGAAGCAGGAAGGCAGGGAUUCAGGGGCUCAGCAGGCGCUCCAGGCGGACGAGGCUGACCCCACUACUGAUGGGAGUGACGGCUGCCCAGAUCGUGCCCCCCAGGAGCCCCUGGCCACAGAGAACAGGGGGAGGAGAAAAAGGCUGGACUCCACGGAAAGAGAAAGGAGUUUGUGGACUCCUGCAAUCGGGUUAGAAAGUGAGUGAAUCAUAAGUCGAGGGGAGGGUGGGAGAGAGGGGAAAUGGAGAGCAGCCAGCGAGAGAAAAUCCAAAUUUGGAAGCGGCCUGCCUUGAGAGGCCAGGAGAUCCAGAGAGGCAGUCAAGCGGAGGAAGAGGCAAAGCGUAGGCAGGUGGAGAGGGGAGCAGGGUCAGUGCAGCAAGAGGCAGGCGCCCGGCUCUCUCCCAAGGCAGCCCGGGCAACUUUGCAAGUCAGGGGAGCCCAAGGCAGAGGGGAGGUGAGCCUGUCAGGGGAGAGGCUGCCGCGGAGUCUGCUGGAGCGCAACGGGAUGCCCCUCAAUGGAGAGGCAAAGGCAUCAGCGUCGUCAGGGAAGCCUGUGCGCUACUUGGAGGUGCGCCUCAAGAUCCGCGACUACCGGCACACUUGCAAGAAGCAGCUCUACAACCUCAUCAGCUGCUUUGUCCGCCUCAUCUCAGGCAACCUGUCGUCUGAAGACAGCAGCGACAGCGAGCUCGAGCUCUCGACCAUCCGGCAUCAGCCAGAAGGGCUGGACCAGCUCCAGGCCCUGACCAAGUUCACCAAGAAGGAGCUGCAGUCCCUCUAUAGAGGCUUCAAGAACGAGUGCCCCAGCGGCUUGGUGGAUGAAGAGACCUUCAAACUGAUCUAUGCUCAGUUCUUCCCGCAGGGAGAUGCCACCAUGUACGCGCAUUUCCUGUUCAAUGCCUUUGAUGUGGACCGGAAUGGAGCCAUCCGCUUCGAGGAUUUUGUCAUUGGCCUCUCCAUCUUGUUGCGUGGGACAGUGCACGAGAAGCUCAAGUGGGCAUUCAACCUUUAUGACAUCAACAAGGAUGGCUAUAUCACCAAGGAGAUGUUGGCAAUAAUGAAGUCCAUCUAUGACAUGAUGGGCCGCUACACCUACCCAAUCUUGCGGGAAGAUGCUCCCAUUGAACACGUGGAGAAGUUCUUCCAGAAAAUGGACAAAAAUCAGGAUGGCGUGGUCACUAUGGAGGAGUUCCUAGAGACUUGUCAGAAGGAUGAGAACAUCAUGACCUCCAUGCAGCUGUUUGAGAAUGUCAUCUAGGGCGCCACCGCCAGGGAUCCCGCCACGUCUCUCCUGCCCCACCUGCCUCCUUGGCCUGCACUUGGACAGACCUGUCCAUCUUUCUUGUGAAGCACACACGUCUUUCCGAGGAAACAAAGAAAACAACCAAAAAACUCUUUUUAUAUUUCAGGGCGGGGGGGGGGGAUAAAAGACAAAAAGGGAAAAAGAUGCUGUUUGCUUGCAAGAUUUGCUGGAUGCUCACAACUGAAUGUCUAGGAGCCGAGGGAUUGCCGGGGGCGGGGGGCGGGGCGGGUGUGUGUGUGUGACUGGGCUCUUACAGGAAUCUCUGGUACAGCAGGGAAUUGCUCCGAGAGAAGAGAUGCCUCAUCGACCCAGGGAAAGAUAUUUUUCUAGCAGCAUAUUAGAGAAGGAUUCUGCUUUUCUGAGAGUGAAUGGCAGCACUUCUCCUCCCCCAAAUUUAUUAAGCUCCAUUUCUCAAACACCAAAUCCUUCAGUACUUGAAUAGGGCCGUUUUCCCCUUCAGAGUUGUGCUCUUGCACAGCUGCUGCUCAUUUCAGCCAGCCUUGAAUAGGGAACUACCGUUUUGCACACACCCGCCAUCCCUCAUGGGGGGCCAUCUCUGCCCCCCCACCCCCCAGCUGGGCCCUCCUGCUCCAUGUUCUGCAUUUCACAUCCUCCCCCCACUCUCCCUUCAGCUGAAGUGAGAGGAACAGGAGAAGGAUGCACAAGUCGCUUUGGAAACCCUGACUCCUGACUGACUGUGGCCUGCAGUGGCUGUUGGGAGGUGUGCAAGAGCAGCAGCAGCAGAGCUCUCUGGAUGUGCGCUAGCUCUGCAGAGUUGCACCACUGCAGGCAAGUCCUUAGGAUCCUGAUCUCAGUUAGCCAGUGCUUGGUUGACAUAUUCUCAUGGAAAGCAGGAGGAUGGUAUAGACUUUAAAGUCCUUGGCCUUGUUAUGGCCCACAUGCCUCUUCUGCUGCAUAUACACACACAACCUUUAAAGCAAAUUCGAAGCAUAUUCUUUCCCUCAAAGAAUUCUGGGCACUGUAGUUUGCUGUUCCCAGAGUUACAAUUCCCAGCAACUCUUGACAACAGUGCCCAGAAUUCUUUGAGGGAAUGUCCUUCAAAUGUGCUUUAAAGGCUUUAAAGGGUAUACACAGCAUAUGCAAGUGGUCCCACCAGAAAUGUUUUCCACAUUGGUCUGCUCCAUAGCUCCUGGGCAUUUGCAGAGGGCUCUUGGAUGCAUUCUAGGGCAUAGACACAAUUUUUGCAGGUGGUUGGGAUACAUUUUACAGGUCAUGUAAAAUGCAUCCUGGAAGGUGUCCCAGAAUGUUGAGCAAGCUGCCAUUCAGAGAAUCCUGACUGCCCUUUCCUGACCUUCCUCUCCCUUAAUGAGGAAGUCCAGGGAUUGCAGAAAUUUGAAAAGCAGAGAUGAGUUUAACCCCCCCCUUUCCAUUCUUGUUCCACAUCUCUGCCUGCCUCUUGGUUUAAUUUAGGGAUUCUACCAUUACUUUUCACUUUGUACCCUUCUCUUACAAGUUACUGAUUUACACCAGCACAUAUUUGCACUGAUCAAAUCACAGUGCAAAACAAAAGGAAAGUGAGUCCUGAUGUGAUCACAUUACAAUUCCAUUUUGUGGUGCAAUUUAAUCAAAACACUGAUGUCCAUUAGUAAUUUGUAUAGGAAAGGAAAAUACCUGAACUGGAACUUGCAGCAAACUCUGGCUUUGCAGGAGUCUGUACAAAGCUCAGGAAUCAAAAAUUCAGAAUGACUGAUUGCUUAUUCCAGAAACCAGAUCAGGGAACCUGGGAUGUCAAAACCCAGAGGGGGAGAUUUCGUGAGCGUCCCUAAAAAAACACCAUCCGUGCCAUAAACCCAAAAUGUGACCAGACUCAGCACUUCAAAAAGGACUUGGCCCUACACAUUGCAAUGUCCAUUUCAUAUUUCUCUCCUUGUUCUCUCCAGACGCAGAUGGCUACAGUAUUGCUCCCCCUGUCACACAUAGAAUCGUAGAGAUGGAAGGGACCUUGAGGGUCAUCUAGUCCAACCCCCUGCAAUGCAGGAAUCUCAGCUAAAGCAUCCAUGGCAGAUGGCCAUCCAGGCUCUGCUUCAAAACCUCCAAUGAAGGAGAGCCAAUACACAAUCUCUCUGCUCUGAUUGUCUUGGGCAAGACAGGGUCUCCCAUUGCCAACCAGGCUACAAAGUGUGGUUCCCUUGUCCUCUCCCACCCACACCCCAGAUCCCUCUCAGGAUGUUGUGAGUUGGUACUCAAUGCUUCCUGACAUAUGUACAGUAUAAGGAAUGGCCGCAUGUCCCACUAGCCUUUCAUUCCAGCAUCUCCUAAACCUCCUUUCACAGCACAAUAUGGGGAGACAGUCGCUGGUUCUUGUUCUCUGUAACUACUUGAUAUUCAGUCACUGUAUAUUUUAAUAAAAUAAGCAUCAAAAAAGA